GUGAAAUAAUUUAAACAUUUUCUUUUAAUCGUUUCUGUGUUCGAGGCCCGGGUAAGGUAUGGGUAUAACUAUACAUGCUGAUAUUUGUUACGAUUUGAUGAAGAAAUAUGAACGAGGACAAAAUUCUUCUUCGGCUGUUGGUGACAGGUUGUAGGCAACUUAGCAAAAAAUAAAUAUAUACAUCUAUGAAUUGUUGAUAGAUUCAACUAGAAUGGCGGCUGAUGCUUGGUUUGAAAAAUUGCAGAACGCUGAGAAGCUGUGUGUGAUUAAAGAUGGGUCGCGGAAGGUGCACUACCGGUUCGAGGACGGGGAGGAGAUGGUGGAAGAGUACAGCCUGCAGACUGACGUGCUGACGCAGCGUGCGUGGCGACGGCCCGACCGGCUGGGGAGGGCGGGCUGCUGGCAGGCGGAGGUGGGUGACCCCCGGUCGCGGCUCGACGCCCCCGCCGACAGCGUCCUCAUCCAGGAGAGCAGCUCCACUCCGGUGGUCACCAAGAGAGUGACCCGGGGGAACCUGGAGUGGCGGGUGCGCAACCUGCCGUACCCGCCGGAGGUGUACAGCGUGACGGCGGACGAGAAGGGCCACUGCAUCACCGUGCGCACCUCCAACCACAAGUACUUCAAGAAGCUGACCGUGCCGGAGCUGGAGAGGGUCGGCCUGUGUGCCCGGCAGGAAAACAUCAGCUUCUCCCACCGCCACAACACCCUCGUGGUCACUUACAAGAAGCCAGUGGAGGUUCUGCGGCUGGAGGCACGUGUCCUGGAUCUAGUGAAGAACCUGAAGACGACCACCGACGAUGGCCGCUGCGAUCCCAGCUGAGCCCACCCUUCCCCCCCAGCUCUAUAGCCCCAGUGACCUGCUCUCGUGAAGUCGCGCACCGCUCUUGUUUUCUUGUCCACGCAGUUUGGUUGCUUAAUGUGCGGCGAGCGGGGAGGCAGCUGCCUGCUGGCACUGUUGCCAAUUCCUCUACCAUGCAUCGACACGCCUCCUUGCUGUAGUUGCUUGUCUCACUACCUGCCUUGGUCAACAGGACAAGGGAUUGGACUUCAAAAUGGAAAGCUAUGUAAAACUACUAAGAUUGCAUUAUGCCAUUAUUAGAGACAAGAUUAUAUGGUGAAUUGGAAUAAAACUGAGGAUACACUGAAAAACACUUCAAAAUACCACAUAACACUGAAAUGUGACAUAUAGUACCAAAAUGUAGGUUGUAUCAUGAAAUUAAGAACAAUUUAACCAAAACUUAAUUCAAAUUAUAAAAAAUUAAUCUUUUAAAAUUUUAAAAUUGAGAAAUGUCAUUACAGUCAAACCUCUAUCUAUUGAACUCGCAUGUAUCAAUUGUCCGUGUUUAUCGUAUACUUUCUACGGUCCUGGCAAAAUUGCCAUACAACUAAGGUUAAAAAAGUCCGCUUGUACCGAUGUUCGAAUUAUCGUUUUGUCCGCAUUGAUCGUACAAAAUAUGUGGUCCCGUCACUAUAAAUUAUAAUAGAUGAUCGUUUAACCAUAAAGAUUUUGCAGAAAUAACCAUUUCUUAGAAAGAAACCGUCAUAAAAACAGUAACGAUAGUAUACAGUAGUAAAAAUCAACUUAAAUCUGCAGCCAAGUAAUGGAGCACGUAAAUAUGAAGAAAAGACAAAUGAACAACUUACGAAUAAAUAUGGAUGAUGUACCAUAACUACAGUACAAACCCAAUUAUUAUCCUAAGAUAAUUACCAUAAAAAGAACUAAAGAUUCUUUGUCGAUACCAUUAUUACUACAGAAGCACGAUAGCUACCACAUUUGCACUACAGUUACCGUAACAACCGAGAUGUAUAUUUACCGUGACGGUAAUGUAUUUAUUUAUGACAUAUUAAAAAUAAAGAACAUUAUUGAAAAAUAGGAUGUUAAAUUUUUAUAUGUACGUUUGGCACAUGUUGCGAAGAAAUAAUGCGAUCUGAAAAAAUGCAGUACUACUACGAAAAGCGAAAAGGGUAAUCGUGGAUUUUUAGGUUAUGGCAGUCUCUCUCGUUUUUCAGUAAUAUCGGCCGAAAAUUAACAAGCGUAUCGGAAGUCGGCAGAAAUGCCGAUUCAACUAAAUAUUGGCAAAAUCGGCUUCUUCAGUACAGCUCUACAUUUGAUGACAUGAGUAAACAUAUUUCAGACUUCAGGAUAUUGAAAAAGACUUUAAUUUCCAUGUAGAUUUAUUGUGCGUAUGUUUUUUUUUUGCAAGUGUAAAUUGAAUUAAGUAAAAUACUUCCAUUUUUAUUUAUUUUUCAACUGAUUUAACUUUAAUGACAAGUAACUGAUAUAUUUCUGACACUAAUUUUGAGGUUGAAAUAUUUUUUAAAAAUUCUUAGAGUGAAGUCCACAUCUAUUGAAUGUCCGCAUCUACUGAAUUUUUUUGUUGGUCCCCUGAAAAACGAUAGAUAGAGGUUUGACUGUAUUCCUGAACAAAAAAUUGUACUAAAGUGCAUAUAUCAGAAAAAUUAAUUUAAUAUGUUUUAUUGUGCAUCACUUUUAGACCACAAAUGAUCACUAAUUAAUUUUUAUGAAUGUAUUUGUUUUAGACCAAUUUAUUACAAAUUAUUUCAUCGUAUAAAUGCAGCAUAUAAAUUUGACCCCUAUUUUGGUGAACUAAGUAUUACAAAACAGCUGUUAUAAAAAUAAAACCAUAAAAUCUUGUCUCUAGCCAUUAUCCAUGAUGUCAACAAAUCUGAAUGUGAUAGCUGUAUGUAAAUACACUGGAUAUUAAACAGCUCCUUUGAAGCCAGA